UUGAGUUUGAUGAUUGUAGACGAGUAUUAAGGUUUGAUAUUUCGAGUGUUCAGGAUGUUCAAACUGUUCGUUGUUUUGGUUCUGGCCGCGUGCUUCUUUGAUGUUGAAGCUGGCACUCGUAUAAUCCGUUCACCCCAAUUCGGGUCCGCCAGUCAAGCUAGUGCAAAAGCAAGUGCUGGUGGAUUCGGUCCUCCAGGACAAUUUGGACCAGGAUACGGAAGACCCGGUUUCGGUAAACCAGGAUUCGGUGGUCGUGCGAUUGGAAAACCACGAUUUGGUGGACCUAGCUUCGGUGGUCCUGGGUUCGGUGCGAGGCCGGGGUCUGGAACGAACAUUAGUAUAUCGAAGAGUGUCAGUAUAAGCUCAGGGAAUGGUGGAGUUGCUAGAUCCAACGCUCAGUCUGCUUCUUCUGGUUAAAAAUGUGAUAUUAUAAGAAUCAUGUUGUCAGUUACCCAAUAUGUAAACCUAAUAUUAAUGAACCAUUUUAAGACAAUAAAAUUACAUUAAAAUUG